AGGGAGGCUGUGUGGCACACACACACACACACACACACACACACACACACACACACACACACACACUAAGCUUCCCUGCUUCCUCACCCUCAUUCACUGGAGAGCAGAGGAAAGGAACAAUCUUCUCUCUCUGCUCUCCCUGCUUUCUCUUGUUUCCCCGCCCAUCUGUUCAGUCAGCAGCUCCAGCAAAGUUGGCCUCAAACUUGAACGGGAGCUGAAGCCUCCAGCUUCCUGGGAGCUCCGCGGUGGUGGUGGCAGCGGCAGCAGCAGCAGCAACAACAGCAACAGCAGCAGCAGCAACAACAGCAACAGCAACAGCGGCAACAGCAGCAGCAGCAGCAGCAGCGGCAGCGGCAGCAGCAGCAGCAGCAGCAGCAGGGUCCAGCUGUGGACGCUUCGAUCCUCGAGAAGCUCUUCUGAGUCUUCUAGCACUCAGCUAGCCCCAGACCUCUGCAAAAUACACCCACCCUCAUAUUGGAGGUUUGAAAUCUGGACCGGGGAAUGGUGUGCUGAAGACCCUCUGGAGCACAUUAUCCUGACGUGGACUUGAAGAAACCCAAGGCCCAAGUCAACAUGGCCAACCCAGUGCAGCUUCCACUUCAAGACCCAGGCUCCACCUCACCCUUGGAUCUGCCUGAGAUGGAGAAGCUUCUCACCAAAGUGGAGAACAAGGAUGACCAAGCCCUGAAUCUGUCCAAGUCUCUGUCAGGGGCUCUGGACCUGGAGCAGAAUGGUCACAGCCUGCCCUUCAAGGUUAUCUCCGAGGGGCACCGCCAGCCCUCCCUUUCUGGCUCCCCUUCCCGGGCCAGCUCUCGGCGAGCAUCCUCCGUCGUGACCACCUCCUACGCCCAGGACCAAGAAGCCCCCAAAGAUUACCUGGUCCUUGCCAUUGCUUCUUGCUUCUGCCCCGUCUGGCCCCUCAACCUCAUCCCCCUCAUCUUUUCAAUCAUGUCUCGAAGUAGUGUGCAGCAGGGGGACCUGGAUGGGGCACGGAGGCUAGGCCGCCUGGCACGGCUGCUCAGCAUCACCUUCAUCAUCCUGGGCAUUGUUAUCAUCAUUGUGGCUGUCACUGUCAACUUCACAGUUCCGAAGUAACUGCGGAGUGUUCUAGCGGAGGCAGAUGCCGGCCAGCUGGAGAGCUCCGCACCCACAUGUCCCCACACAUUACAAAGGACAGGAUGGUGGCUGCUGAGUGCCUACCUGUCCCCAGGCUCCAAAAGCACAAACUUGGAGGGAAAUCUCUACAUCACUCCAUUGUCAGCCCACGGCAGACAGGAGGGAAAAUCUGGAAUGAAGUUGGCCGUGGACUCAAUCUCAUAGUCACAUCUCUUGCCUUUGACCUCAGUUCUCGGGCUUGUUUCUCAUCCCCCAACUCCUGGGACUUACACGCAGCAUAAGCUGCCAGAAUGGGAAGAAAACUAGCCCCACGGCUGAGAAAGAAACACUGGGUGUCUAUGAACAUGAGCACAUCCUGGCUGCUGUCUUUUCUAUUUUUCUCGAGGGGGAGUACACAGACUGCUUGCAUGCUUUGUGCUGAGCAUCCACAGGUGACUCCAGCCAGAGCCCAAGGGGAAUCUCUCACUCAGCACAGGCCCUCUAUACCCACUGGCAGAGAGGCAAGAGCCACACGGAAAUCCUCCAUUGAUGACUGGAUAGGGAUAGCAUGGCAGACCUGGUGCUCUUGUUGAAUGUCACGCUGGAGGCUUCUCUACCAAGGACUCUGGAUCCAGCGUAUCUUCCAGAACCACAGGAUCUGCCUCUUGGUUUCCAUCUGAGCUGUAGCCUGUGGGCAUCAACCUGGAACCCUUAGAACUUGACUUGUCCCAGGUCAGCCAUUGGGGAAAGGGACAGGGUUUGUCUAUUCUCUCUUGCCACUGACUCUUUGGAGGUCUGAGAUCCCAUCUUGGUAACCCACGCCAGUGGCUUGGGAGCCCUAAACAGGGUAUUCAGGGGAUCCUACCCAGAUGGAGUAGAUCCUGGCUUCAGACUGUUAUCUGAGCUCUAAUGGAUGCUCUGUGCCUGGUCCUGUGUCCCUGGCCACCCACAGCAACAAAGGCUUUCCCUAGAGGUAGCUUUGAGACUCCUACCGGACUCUCCUGUUUAUUCAUAGGCUCUGAGGAAUUGCUGCCGCGUGUAAGGGAGAGGGCUAGAAAAUUCUUAGGAAGGUUUGUUAUUUCUUGGUCUGGAGUACAAGGAGUCUCGUAGGAAAGGCUCAGCUGAAUGGGCAGGCUGGGGAGUGGGGACCAGGACAGGAGGCAAAGGCCUAGUAGCCAUAGCGUCUUGUCUUAGGACCAAGUAGAACACGGGAAAGAAGCUCAACAGAACCCUCUGCCUCAUGCUCGUUGCAUCUCUAUUUCUCCCCUUUUUUUGCCUGGCAGAGGCUGUGCCCACAGGGGGUUCACCUGUUGACCUUGCCUGCUCUGAGUCCCAUCUACCCACCAUCACUAUUCCACCAUCACCAACACCUUCAGCUGAGACCUAGCAGAAGGGCUUCCUCUGCUCUGCAGCCAGGGUUAUUGAGUUCAAUGGGGAAACAGGUCCAGUGCCACAUCUACACUGGUUGGAAACUGGAAAUUCACUUCCUUUUAGUAAAAUUAGGGUCUUGAUCCCUCCUCCCCCCGGGCUCCAUGCUUGGCUCCCUACCAUCUCAGAGAUGCUGGGCAGGGCAAGUUAGCACAGAGCACUGGCCUCUGGGAGAGGCUCUGUGGUUUCCAGACAAGGUCAGAGCAGUUGCUGGAAGGGCUGAGGGGUUGGGAGUGUCUCUUAGUGGUUGGUACCCCUAAAUCAGGCCCCCAUUGAAAAAGUAAACUUGGACUUAUGUUCCUAAAGCAAGGACUGGCUGUAUACCCUUCAUGGGAUCUUUGAAACCAAACUAGAGACGUCCUCAUUUUCUGUGGGAAGUAAGCAUGUGAGCCCAGAAUAUGUGUGUGACUUGAGAGGUUGGGUCAGGGGAGAUGUGCUUUCUAAAGGACAGCUUAUCAUAGACUCCUGAUCCUGAACGGGUGGCCUCCUAAAGGCCCUCCCAGGACAGAUACUGUCUAGGGAUUGUCAUGAUGGUUUCUACAUCACCAGAGUCCAGGUGUCCCCCUCCUAGUCACAGCUAUACACAAGGCCUGCCAAUCACACCCUCACACACGCACACUAUCACAAAGGGAUUCACACUUCAGCCUGAAAUAGGCAGAAUCUUUACAUUAGGGAAUGGCUUAGCUAGAACAUUCUUCCACCCAGGCAAGAACAACCUGGGAGCCUUCCCAUGGUUCCAGGGACACAGCCUAGAGGUCUCCGAGAUAUUCUCUGGGCAGAGGGGAGCAGAGGGCAGGAGGAGAGAGACAUUAGGAUGGGAGGAGAGUGAGCAAGAGUUCUCUCAGCCUCCAGGUCCCAUUGAAGCUAAGAGGGCCGGGCCUUGCUGUCCCAAGUCUUUUUGGUUCAGCAGCUAGCUGUAUGAGCACAGUGGCUGAGCGGAGCAACUCGGCCUCUUUGGCCAUCCUGGUGAACAGCAAGAACUGCCCCCUCCCUACCACACGCACCAGUGACUCUGUAUUUCUUGGCAUGGAAAAAAAUAAAGCUGAGCAUAUAUGUUCCCUG